AGGUCUACGCACAAUGAACUAGAAAAGAACCGCCGAGCUCACCUCCGCCUGUGUCUAGAACGUUUAAAAGUUCUGAUACCGCUUGGACCAGACUGCACCCGGCACACCACGCUUGGGCUGCUCAACAAAGCCAAAGCACAUAUCAAGAAACUUGAAGAGGCUGAGAGGAGAAGCCAACACCAGCUUGAGAACCUGGAACGAGAACAAAGAUUCCUAAAGAGAAGACUGGAACAACUACAGGGUCCUCAGGAGAUAGAGCGAAUACGAAUGGACAGCAUCGGAUCUACCAUUUCCUCGGAUCACUCGGACUCGGAGCGAGAAGAGAUUGAAGUGGACGUUGAAAGCACAGAGUUCUCCCAUGGAGAAGUGGACAAUAUCAGCACAACCAGCAUCAGUGACAUUGAUGAUCACAGCAGCUUGCAGAGUAUUGGGAGUGAUGAGGGUUACUCCAGCGCCAGUGUCAAGCUUUCAUUUGCUUCCUAGAACCAAGUGAGACAACAGUGCAGGGUGAAUGAUUUCACUGGGGUGAUCAAACUGGGUCCUAGAUGCCAGUAUCCUCUUUCAGAAUUGACAUGUUGACAGCUAGGCCUGGACAGACCUGUAUAUAAAGCUUUUUGGGUAAAGGAAGCCUCCCCAGAAACCCGUAUUUGUUCAUUUGGUCAUGUUACCAAUCCAAAUUUCUGCUGGCAAAAAGUUAGUCCCUUUGCAGUCAAUGAAAUCCGUUUGUUUCUGUGGGACCUGGAUCUAGACCUUAGUGAUGAAACACUUUGUUUUGAAUUUAUUUGAAAUUGUUUGAAAGAGGAUACUAGAGACUCAUCCCUCUCUUUCUGUCAUGAAAUCUGAGAAAUGUCAAAAUUUCUUACACUUCAUUCAGGUUGAACAUCCUAAUUUAGGCCCUUCUGAAGAGCUUUUGUGGUCCUAAAAGGCCUGUAUCCUACAGUUUAUCACAAUCUAAUGCUGUCAUAAAGUACUAGGAAAUCUAAGAAGGCUUACGUAGCCUAGGAAUAACAGUGACAAUAAUGAUUAAGGUCUCAUUCUGUGCCCAGAGGGAGAGGGGCAGUGAUGUUCAGGGGAGAACACCAUUCAACUCAGCUUUCUGUUGGACAUCAUUUAGAGAGUGAGUACCUCUGCAGCGUGGCUGGAGCGAGAGGUGCACACCUGUAACGUACCAGCACAGGGUGGGCUGUCACACCCGGGCUGUGCCAGCGCCAGCAGGUCCCCGGGAGAUGUGUGCCCCUCGCAGGCACACGGCCAGCUGAGGGCAGAGCGAAACCAGCACUGAGAGCUGACACACCAGACAGUCAUGCCCAGACACUGAGCCACUAUGACCUUUUUAUUUGAAGCGAUUUUUUGAUAAAACAUUUGUAAAUGUGUUGGGAGGGAAAACACCCCAAGUCUGAUGCAUCUUUUUAGAGCUUGUCCAUAUGAAACCUUAGAUGUCUUUUAUAUGAAUUUAUGCCAUGAAAAGAUCUCUGUUUUGAUGAAGCACUUGACCCAAUGAAAUGCAAAGAUCCUUUUUUUGCCAUGCACACAAUGGAUGAAGGCUGUGCUAAGCUGGAAGAGGCCAAGUUUGUUGGGGGUUUCUUCAGUUUUCUUUUUAGAAUCAUUCCCUUUGCUGACUUUUGAAGUUCCAGUCCAGUAGUUAACCUAGUUAAGCUCAGCACGUCUCUCAUGUUAAUGUAACGUUUUGACUGCACGUCCUGUUCCCAAGGGCCUUGCCAUCUUAUCUGUGCAGGUGCUGUUAAGAGCUGUUAUAGCGAAUGUUUUCUAAUUUUCUCCAAGACAAGCAUUCUAACCUGCACUUUGAGGGCUUUGCUUUUUUAUUUUUGUCUUUUUAAUGGCCAGGAUUAUUUUGUUUUCCAAGUUUUAAAAACCUUAAUAGAGUCUUCACCUAUGGCAUUGUUUGAAACUUUGUAUAUCCUUAAGUAAUUUAAUUACCCUUCAUUACUAAGAAAAAAAAAGAGGAAAAAAUGCUUUAUAAAAUUCAUAACUUAUUGCUGAUUUCAAUGGGUUGUUAAUUUCAGUUCUUUAGAUUUUAUUUUAUUGUUUUAGAUAGGGUUGGGUAAAAAGAGGUAAAAUAAAGUGAAAAAUUAAAGACAACCAUAUUUAGCAGUGCAGUGGAAUUGUGUUUAAAUGUUAGCAUAUGGUCCCCAUUAAAGUAGCACUUUAACGCCAUUAAACAUUUCUGUAUCUGAAAUGA